AUGUCUUUCAAAAGUAAGUUAAUACUGCAAGAGCUUUUUUUAAAUAUUAGUGUGGCUUAUAUAUAUUUACAUCUUUAUGAUUGUAGGAUUAAUUUUAUUAAUAAUACAUAUUGAUUAGUAAGAUCAUUUAAUUAUUUAGUUAUGAUGACACUGAAGAAAUAAACAGGUAUUUAAGUAUCAGCUAAUCAAAGUAUUUUACUUAAGGUAAUAAAUAAAAUUAUUUAAGCAAACGUUUUAAUAGCAUAAUAGAUAAAGUAAAGAUAUAUCAGAAGUAGAAUUAUAAGGAAGUUAUUGA